AUGCUCUUAACUGUUGUUGCUAAAGGGUUAAAAUAUCUUUUUAAUUCUCAAAAAUGUCCACUUUCCUGGCCAAAAAAGUUGCAAACUGAUGGCGGAGUAGAAUUUCUUGGAGAAUGCCAUGCAAUGUUGAUAAAUCAUGGCGUUAAACAUUUGUUAGCUAAAUCUAAAAGAAGUAUGGGUAUUGUUGAAAGAUUUAAUCUGACUUUACAAAAGUGGGCAUUUUAUAUUCAAGAUGCUGUAGAAUUAAGAUUAUCUUUAAAUAAACGUUGUUGA